AUGGAGAUGGACAACAACCUUCUUACGGCAAUGGUGGAAAGAUGGAGAAAAGAAACGCACACAUUCCACCUUCUAGAGGGAGAGAUGACGAUUACGUUGAAGGACGUAGCCAUGCUGACAGAGCUUCCAAUCGAUGGUGAUGCAAUAAUUGAAAGUUCACAGAAACCAUUGAAUGGUUGGGGCCAAUUUAUAAGCGAGCGUUUAGGUAUCAACAUCCCCGAGGAAGCAGAAGAAGGUCGUCGUGUACCACCUCUACACAAGUCUAUGUUAUUGAUACCUUGGCUAGUGAGGACCGUUGGGGAAUUACCGGAGGAUGCCACAGAUGCUCAGAUAGAGAGGUAUGCUCGCAUCUACCUUAUUUGUUUGGUUGGAGGAUUUUUGUUUCCGAACAAGUCUGGUGGAAAUAUGCAUUGUAUGUGGCUUCGAGUUCUUUUGGGAGAUUGA